UAGGUCAUCAAACCUUAAGAUUCUCCUUUUUCAGGCGAUCUUCCUUGUGUGAGUAGGAAGUGCGGAUCCUUCAUAGUUCCUCACACUUCACAGAAAACCCAAAUCCCAAAAUGCAAUCUCUGUCGUUCAGACUCACCAAGAGGCUCUACAAUUCCAAGCCUCUCUUCAGAAUCUCUUCCAAUUUCGUUGCUCACGCAUCCUCCGCCACCUCCACUCCCCCCCCUCCGCCGCCACCGUCUCCACCGAUCCCCGCCCCUUCCACUCUACGUAACCUCCUCACCGCUCCGUGGUUCGCAACUCAGUCCCGCGGAAUCUCUUUAUCCGGAUCUGACGUUAGAGUCGGGAAUCUCGACGGAAACCGAGGAUGCGCUCACGAGGUUCAGCCUCGCUCUGUAGCUGGUUAUGCUACAGUUGCUACUACGGCGGAUGAUAUCAAAAGCAAGGAACGAAAGAGUGGAUUAGGGAAAGAAGCGAAGACAAAGAGGGAGCAGCUCCUUAAAGCUACUGCAGUUGCCUCUCUUGUUUUAUUAUACCCAAACACCUAUUCAUUGCUCUUGGCAAAUUUCUUUGUGUUCUGGCACUUAAAAGCUGGGAUAGAAGAGAUUUUGGCAGAUUAUGUUCACCAUGCAAUGACCAGAGAAUUUAUCACGAUUUCUCUCAGGUUGUUCUUGAUAAUCGCAAUGAAGGAUGUUUUAUUAAAAUUUGUAUUUGUAUAAUCAGAUAGUGGAUGGGUUGUGUUGACAUUAAUUUCCAAUAAGAGCUCAUUGAGGGGCAAACUUGUCCAAACCAUAAUUUGUAGUUUUUAGAUGUUUUUCAAACUUAAAGAGGCGAGGCAACACGAUGACUUCUUGAUUUAUCAUGUUAAUGGAUGAAUUUUCGCUUGUCUUGCA